UAUUGCUCAUGGCAGUUCGGUAAUGUACAGGCAUCAGAACCACGUCUCCUCACAGCAAAUCUUCAUUUGUGUUUGUGACGGAGGGAUUCCUGCCGCUGUUUUGAUUCAUUUACACAUUUUAAAUGCUCUUCACGAGUUAUCAGCUCCAUCAUAUGUAUGCACAGGCCCUAAAAUGAACACUCGCCAAGCACCAAAUAUGAGCAGCAGUGCUGCGAGCCCCAUGGCAGCCAGCAGCAGCACCGCAGCCGGACGCGGAUCCGGAAAGGCCACCAGCUUCAUCCCUGAGCUCCAGAGCAUGAUGUUUGCCCUUGGUGACUCUCGAAGACCCCUGCAUGAGACUGCCGCCCUGGUGGAAGACAUAGUGCACACCCAGCUCAUCAACCUCCUCCAUCAGGCCGCUGAAGUGGCCCUCCUGAGAGGGGCCAGGGUCAUUUCACCAGAGGAUAUCAUCUUUCUAAUGAGGAAAGACAAGAAAAAAUUACGGAGGCUUAUCAAGUACAUGCAGUUCAGAGACUACAAAUCCAAAGUUCUAAAAACCAUAGACGAUGAGGACCUGCUGGAUUCAGACAAAUACAGCAGCAGCAAUGCCAACAAGAGGCAGCGUCUGGCACAGGACUUCCUGAGCUCCAUCGACCAGACGGGGGAAUUCUUGUCUUUGGUAGAGGAAGAGGAGGUGGAUGAAGUCAAGCAGGAACGGCUGGAGAGAAUUGAGAAGAUGACAAGAAACAUGGAUUCCAGUCAGUACAGUGAUUUCUGUGAAAGUCGACAGCUGAGUUUCUCUAAAAAGGCCUCGAAAUUCCGCGAGUGGCUGGAUUGCAGCAGUCUGGAUGUGAAGCCCAAUGCCAUAUCCAUGGAGAUCCUGUCGUAUCUGGCCUACGAGACGGUGGCCCAGGUUGUCGACCUUGCCCUGUUGGUUAAACAAGAUAUGACUCCCAAAACGGGAGAUCCUUUUCAACAUGCCAUAUCAGCAACUUUCAUCCAGUACGGCAACUCCUCGGCUGAGGCUGCAAGCACCAAAAAGGAGACGGACUCUCCAGAAAACACCCCGCCAUCCACUCCCAGCGGCCCUCUGACGGCAGGACACCAAGGAAAGAUGCAUUCCAUGGCCCAGGGCAACGGUGGGCCAAACCAAGAUGGCAGCAGUAAGGUUAAACAGAGGAAAAGGAAGAAGAGCACGGCGGCCUGUGGCGCGGAGGCUCAGAGCAGUGCCAUCCAACCUGCCCACAUCAGAGAGGCCAUCAGGCGCUACAGCCACAAGAUUGGCCCGCUCUCCCCCUUCUCAAUUUCCUUUUCUCUGCUGUUCCCCGACAGAGUGCCUACCGCAGGAACGGGAUGACUUUCCUGGCCUGCUGAGGUGAACGGGAGGGAGGAAGUUUAGAGGGAUACGGCAGGAGUCGUCUCUGUCAGCGUGUGUCUUCCAUCAUCUGAUCUGUAAUCAGGCUCAUGCCAUGUGUCUGUGUUUACAGGUUCGUUUAGAGAGGAAACGUUGUGGAUUGGCAAGAAUCUGGAUUGGACGCCUUUUGUUUUGUUGGUGCUCAUGUAAACUCUAGCAAUGUGAGGUUUUUUUACUUUUUUUGUUUGUUUUUUUUUGUUUGUUUUUUUAAGUUUUAGUAGGUUAUAACAAAUGUUCCAUAAUAAUUUUUUUUUUUUUUUUUUUUUUUUUUUGUUGAUGAUCUGUAGAAGUUACAUUCUGAUGUUUAAUUAUUUUUUUGUCUUUCUUCAUCAGGAAUGUCCCAUUAUUCAUGAUGUUGUAAUACUUUAUUUUUUCAAGUGUAAUAUCUUGCUUUUGUAUUCAUUUUUAUUUGGAUUUAGAGGAUUUCAUUUCAUUUUUUAGGUUAAAACUCUUGAAAUAAAAUAUGUUCUGUGAUUAAA